AUGUCUAUCCAGACCUCAGACCUGAUUCUAUUCAUGAACGAAAGCCCUAGAGAGACCAGUUCCCCUCCUCCUGCUACUGGGCCCAUCGUCGAUCCGCGCGAUGCAGCAGUCGACUUGCUGGUCCACAAGUACGGUCUGAUCGAGAAAGCCAGCGGCACGCUGCAGCAGAUCCUCGACCAUGGAGACCACCACUGGGCGCUGGCGAUGGUUGUCGAGCGGUACUGCGGCAUCGUGCGUGCCCGCGUGCAAGACUGGGAGGCCGGCCAGGUCAGCGUCUACGACAAGGCGCUCUACAAGCUCUUCUACAACGAGGCUUCUUCACAUGCGACCACCAUCGGAGCCUACGAGUUGUACCUGGCUGAAUUUCUUAUGGCGACUCGGGCCGGCGAGGUUCUGCUCCCCGUUGAUAAUGUAAAUAGCUACACUCGUCUGGUCAACACUUUACCUGUUCAAGUUGAAGCACAUCACACCACUAUCACGACAUCCACCCGGACUGCAAGACGUCGCCGCGGCAGAAGACAUAGGAUCAAGGCGAUGAAGCGGGCAGCGAGCACCGCCGACACUGCGAACAGCGACAGGCUCGCCACGAUGCUCAGGGUCUUCACCAACGCCCGAGACGAGUACCGCGAGCACGAACGCAAUGGACUCAUCACCGUGCAGAGCGCCCGUUUUCUGCGCGACACCGCCGAGAACGCCAUGAUCUGGCUGCGUGACAAGGGGCUCCUCGACCAUGACAUGCUCCCGGAGAUAGAAUACUACUUUGACCUCGCGAAGAAGAAGGCCACCCAGAUGGCUGGUGGUCGGGAGCGGUCCUUCGAUCCGGGAGCCAGGAUCAACAGGCCCAGACGCUGCUUAGACAGCUAUCGUCCUUAA